AUGCAUACUCUACAAUUGUUCGUCAUUGGAUUUAUCCUAUUACCAUUAUUUAUCGAUGGUCUGCCAUUUUUCCAUCGUGGACGACCUCGUGGUGGUAUGCUCGGCUCUCCAGGACAACGUCUUCGACGUCCAUUACAUCGACACAAAUCACCCAGCGAUGAGCUCUGGUAUACGCAGCAAUUAGAUCACUUUAAUCCAGCUGAUACGCGAACAUGGCAACAACGGUUUUUCGUUAACAGCGAUCACUGGAAACAAGGGGGACCAGUUUUCAUUCAAAUCGGUGGUGAAGGUCCAGCUGAUCCUAUUUGGAUGACGGAAGGACAAUGGAUUAAUUAUGCCAAAACACAUGGUGCCAUAUGUGUUAUGCUUGAACAUCGAUUCUACGGCAAAAGUCAUCCGACAGAAGAUCUUAGUGUAGAUAAUUUGAGAUAUCUUACUAGCGAACAGGCACUUGCUGAUCUGGCCACAUUUCGUCAAUUCUUCAAUGGAAAAUAUCAAAUAGCUGAAGAAACGAAAUGGAUCUCAUUUGGCGGAUCCUAUCCAGGUUCUCUAUCUGCAUGGUUUCGUUUGAAAUAUCCUCACCUUGUGCACGGUGCUGUCUCAGCCAGCAGUCCAAUGACUGCAUUAACUGAUUUUAGUGAUUAUUUAGUCGUUGUACGUAAUUCGCUUGCUACCUAUGAUGAAAAGUGUAAUGAUGCCACCAGUAGUGUGAUUAAAAUAAUGCAAGACAUGAUCACAUCAUCUUCAGGUCGUACAGCUUUACAGAAAGCUUUCCGUUUAUGCGAUCCCAUUGAUACUCAAAAUGAUGUGGAUAACUUCUUCGAAACUGUAACUGGUAAUUUCGAAGGUGUCGUUCAAUACAAUAAAGACAAUCGAGCAUUUGAGGGUGCACGUGCAACAAACAUCACUAUCGAUGUUAUCUGCAAAGCAAUGCUCAAUGAAAGUCAACCCGAUCUUCUUCAACGUAUGGUGGACGUUAACAACAUGCUAUUACAAGCAUACAGCCAAUCUUGUCUCGAUGCUGGCUAUAUGAGCACGAUCAAUCAAUUACGAAAUACGUCAUGGACUGCACCAUCGUCUGAAGGUGGUCGUCAGUGGACAUAUCAAACGUGUGUGGAGUUUGGAUUUUUUCAAUCAUCGAAUAGUCCUCAACAACCAUUUGGAAAUAAUUUCCCUGCUGAAUUCUUCGUUCAACAAUGUGCAGAUAUCUUCGGACCAAAGUUCAAUGAUGACCUCCUUGAACGCGGCAUUAACUUCACAAAUGCAUUCUAUGGUGCUGAACAGUUUGCUGGCUCAAGAGUUUUAUUCGUAAAUGGAGCUAUUGACCCAUGGCACGCAUUAAGCUUCACUAAAAAUCCCCCAAACAACAAUACUGCCAUAUUCUUAGCUAGCACAGCUCAUUGCGCUGAUAUGUAUCCAGAUGCUGAAUGGGAUCCACCUGAAUUGCGCCAAGCACGUCAAACAAUUAGCGAUACAAUCGGCCGAUGGUUACAAUGA